AAUUGGGCUUCAUCUGUGAUGAAAUGCUUUGUUUCUGCCUUGAAAUUCCAAUGUGUUUUUUUCAACCCUCUUCCCCCCCAGCAGGUGACCGGCAGAAUGAGAAUGAUAGAAAACCACAGAUGGUGCCACUGGUAAUAGCCAAGGCUGAGAGUCAAAAAGAGAUAUUUGGAAAUCACAGGGGACCGAAAACGUCUGAAAGACAGCAGCCAAAGAAUGGGAGCAAGAAAUCCUCUACUUGUCAUAGUUUUCAUCAAAGAACACACACCGGAGAAAAACCAAUUAAAUGCAUGGAAUGUGGAAAGAGCUUCAGUGUAAAAAAUAGCCUUACUUCACAUCACAGAACCCACACAGGGGAGAAACCAUUUAAAUGCAGGGAAUGUGGAAAAAGCUUUACUCAGAACGAUCAUCUUACUUCACAUAAAAGAACCCACACAGGAGAGAAACCUUUUAAAUGCAGAGAGUGUGGAAAGAGCUUCAGUGUAAGCAAUGAACUUACUUUACAUCAGAGAGCUCACACAGGGGAGAAACCAUUUAAAUGCAUGGUGUGUGGAAAGAGCUUCAGUCGAAGCAGUGACCUUAAUUCGCAUCAAAGAACCCAUACAGGGGAGAAGCCAUUUAAAUGCAGUGAAUGUGGAAAGAGCUUCAGUCAGAGCGGUCACCUUACUUCGCAUCAAAGAACCCAUACAGGAGAGAAGCCAUUUAAAUGCAGUGAAUGUGGAAAGAGCUUCAGUCAGAGCGGUCACCUUACUUCGCAUCAAAGAACCCAUACAGUGGAGAAACCAUUUAAAUGCAGGGAAUGUGGAAAAAGCUUUACUCAGAACAAUCAUCUUACUUCACAUCAAAGAACCCACACAGGAGAGAAACCUUUUAAAUGCAUGGAGUGUGGAAAGAGCUUCAGUGUAAGCAAUGAACUUACUUUACAUCAGAGAACUCACACAGGGGAGAAACCAUUUAAAUGCAUGAUGUGUGGAAAGAGCUUCAGUCGAAGCAGUGACCUUACUUCGCAUCAAAGAACCCAUACAGGGGAGAAGCCAUUUAAAUGCAGUGAAUGUGGAAAGAGCUUCAGUCAGAGCGGUCAUCUUACUUCGCAGCAAAGAACCCAUACAGGAGAGAAGCCAUUUAAAUGCAGUGAAUGUGGAAAGAGCUUCAGUCAGAGCGGUCACCUUACUUCGCAUCAAAGAACCCAUACAGUGGAGAAACCAUUUAAAUGCAGGGAAUGUGGAAAAAGCUUUACUCAGAACGAUCAUCUUACUUCACAUCAAAGAACCCACACAGGAGAGAAACCUUUUAAAUGCAUGGAGUGUGGAAAGAGCUUCAGUGUAAGCAAUGAACUUACUUUACAUCAGAGAACUCACACAGGGGAGAAGCCAUUUAAAUGCAAGCAGUGUGGAAAGAGCUUUAGACACAAGCGGUACCUUACAGUACAUGAAAGAACCCACACUGAAGAAAAACCAUUUAAAUGCAGGGAAUGUGGAAAGAGCUUCAGUCAGAGCAGUAAACUUACUUUGCAUCACAGAACACACACAGGGGAGAAACCAUUUAAAUGCAGAGAGUGUGGAAUGAGCUUCAGUCAGAGCAGUGACCUUACUUCGCAUCAAAGAAGUCACACAGGGGAGAAGCCAUUUAAAUGCAAGCAGUGUGGAAAGUGCUUCAGUCAGAACCAUAGCCUUAAUUUACAGGAAAGAACCCACACAGGCGAGAAACCAUUUAAAUGCAGGGAAUGUGGAAAGAGCUUCAGUCAGAGCAGUGACCUUACUUCGCAUCAAAGAACUCACACAGGGGAGAAGCCAUUUAAAUGCAAGCUGUGUGGAAAGUGCUUCAGUCAGAACCAUAGCCUUACUUUACAUGAAAGAACCCACACAGGCGAGAAACCAUUUAAAUGCAGGGAAUGUGGGAAGAGCUUCAGUCAGAGCUGUAAACUUACUUUACAUCAAAGAACCCACACAGGGGAGAAGCCAUUUAAAUGCAUGGAGUGUGGAAAGAGCUUCAGUCGAAGCAGUGACCUUACUUCGCAUCAAAGAACCCACACAGGGGAGAAGCCAUUUAAAUGCAAAGUGUGUGGAAAGAGCUUCAGUCAGAGUGGUUGCCUUACUUCACAUCAAAGAACCCACACAGGGGAGAAGCCAUUUAAAUGCAGUGAGUGCGGAAAGAGCUUCAGUGUAAGCAGUAGCCUGAUAUUACAUCACCGAACACACACAGGGGAGAAACCAUUUAAAUGCAUGGAGUAUGGACAGGGCUUUAGUCAGAGAAGUAAGCUUACUUCACAUCAAAGAACUCACACAGGGGAGAAGCCAUUUAAAUGCAGUGAGUGCGGAAAGAGCUUCAGUGUAAGCAAUAGCCUGAUAUUACAUCACCGAACACACACAGGGGAGAAACCAUUUAAAUGCAUGGAGUGUGGACAAGGCUUUAGUCAGAGAAGUAAGCUUACUUCACAUCAAAGAACCCACACAGGGGAGAAGCCAUUUAAAUGUAAGGAGUGUGGAAAGAGCUUCAGUCAGAGCAGUCACUUUACUUCGCAUCAAAGAACCCAUACCGGGGAGAAACCAUUUAAAUGCAGGGAGUGUGGAAAGAGCUUCAGUCAGAACAGUCACCUUACUUUGCAUCAAAGAACCCAUACAGGGGAGAAACCAUUUAAAUGCAGGGAGUGUGGAAAGAGGUUCAGUCAGAACAGUCACCUUACUUUGCAUCAAAGAACCCAUACAGGGGAGAAACCGUUUAAAUGCAGGGAGUGUGGAAAAAGCUUCAAAGAUUCUUCUCACCUUAAUUCACAUCACAGAACCCACACAGGGGAGAAACCAUUUAAAUGCAGGGAAUGUGGAAAAAGCUUUACUCGGAACGAUCAUCUUACUUCACAUAAAAGAACCCACACAGGAGAGAAACCUUUUAAAUGCAGAGAGUGUGAAAAGAGCUUCAGUCUAAGCAGUAGCCUUAAAUUACAUCACCGAAAACACACAGGGGAGAAACCAUUUAAAUGCAUGGUGUGUGGAAAGAGCUUCAUUCAGAGCAGUGACCUUACUUUGCAUCAAAGAACCCACACAGGGGAGAAGCCAUUUAAAUGCAGGGAGUGUGAAAAGAGCUUCAGUCAGAGCAGUCACCUUACUUCGCAUCAAAGAACACACACAGGGGAGAAACCAUUUAAAUGCAUGGAGUGUGGACAGGGCUUUAGUCAGAGAAGUAAGCUUACUUCACAUCAAAGAACCCACACAGGGGAGAAGCCAUUUAAAUGUAAAGAGUGUGGAAAGAAUUUCAGUCAGGGCGGUCACCUUACAUCGCAUCAAAGAACCCAUACAGGGGAGAAGCCAUUUAAAUGCAGUGAGUGUGGAAAGAGCUUCAGUGUAAGCAGUAGCCUUACUUCGCAUCACAGAACCCACACAGUGGAGAAACCAUUUAAAUGCAGGGAAUGUGGAAAAAGCUUCAGUCAGAGCGCUCACCUUACUUCACAUCAAAGAACCCACACAGGAGAGAAACCUUUUAAAUGUAUGGAGUGUGGAAAGAGCUUCAGUGUAAGCAAUAAACUUAUUUUACAUCAGAGAACUCACACAGGGGAGAAGCCAUUUAAAUGCAAGCAGUGUGGAAAGAGCUUUAGACACAAGAGGUACCUUACAGUACAUGAAAGAACCCACACUGGAGAAAAACCAUUUAAAUGCAGUGAGUGCGGAAAGAGCUUCAGUGUAAGCAGUAGCCUGAAAUUACAUCACCGAACACACACCGGGGAGAAACCAUUUAAAUGUAUGGAGUGUGGAAAGAGCUUCAGUGUAAGCAAUAAACUUAUUUUACAUCAGAGAACUCACACAGGGGAGAAGCCAUUUAAACGCAAGCAGUGUGGAAAGAGCUUUAGACACAAGCGGUACCUUACAGUACAUGAAAGAACCCACACUGGAGAAAAACCAUUUAAAUGCAGUGAGUGCGGAAAGAGCUUCAGUGUAAGCAGUAGCCUGAAAUUACAUCACCGAACACACACAGGGGAGAAACCAUUUAAAUGCAGAGAGUGUGGAAAGUGCUUCAGUCAGAACGGUAGCCUUACUUUACAUGAAAGAACCCACACAGGCGAGAAACCAUUUAAAUGCAGGGAAUGUGGAAAGGGCUUCAGUCAGAGCAUUCACCUUACUUUGCAUCACAGAACACACACAGGGGAGAAACCAUUUAAAUGCAGAGAGUGUGGAAUGAGCUUCAGUCAGAGCAGUGACCUUACUUUGCAUCAAAGAACUCACACAGGGGAGAAGCCAUUUAAAUGCAAGCAGUGUGGAAAGUGCUUCAGUCAGAACAGUAGCCUUACUUUACAUGAAAGAACCCACACAGGCGAGAAACCAUUUAAAUGCAGGGAAUGUGGAAAGAGCUUCACUCAGAGCAGUAAACUUACUUUACAUCAAAGAACCCACACAGGUGAGAAGCCAUUUAAAUGCAUGGAGUGUGGAAAGAGCUUCAGUCGAAGCAGUGACCUUACUUCGCAUCAAAGAACCGACACAGGGGAGAAGCCAUUUAAAUGCAAAGAGUGUGGAAAGAGCUUCAGUCAGAGUAGUAGCCUUACUUCACAUCAAAGAACCCACACAGCGGAGAAGCCAUUUAAAUGCAGUGAGUGCGGAAAGAGCUUCAGUGUAAGCAGUAGCCUGAAAUUACAUCACCGAACACACACAGGGGAGAAACCAUUUAAAUGCAUGGAGUGUGGACAGGGCUUUAGUCAGAGAAGUAAGCUUACUUCACAUCAAAGAACCCACACAGGGGAGAAGCCAUUUAAAUGCAGUGAGUGCGGAAAGAGCUUCAGUGUAAGCAGUAGCCUGAAAUUACAUCACCAAACACACACAGGGGAGAAACCAUUUAAAUGCAUGGAGUGUGGACAGGGCUUUAGUCAGAGAAGUAAGCUUACUUCACAUCAAAGAACACACACAGGGGAGAAACCAUUUAACUGCAUGGAGUGUGGACAGGGGUUUAGUGAGAGAAGUAAGCUUACCUCACAUCAAAGAACCCACACGGGGGAGAAGCCAUUUAAAUGUAAGGAGUGUGGAAAGAGCUUCAGUCAGAGUGGUAACCUCAGGUUACAUGAAAGAACACACACAGGGGAGAAACCAUUUAAAUGCAGUGAGUGCGGAAAGAGCUUCAGUCAGAGAAGUAAGCUUACUUUGCAUCAAAGAACCCAUUCAGGGGAGAAACAAUUUAAAUGCAGUGAGUGUGGAAAGAGCUUCAGUCAGAGCAGUGACCUUAUUUUACAUCAGAGAACCCACACAGGGGAGAAGCCAUUUAAAUGCAAAGAGUGUGGAAAGAGCUUCAGUCAGAGUGGUAAUGUCAGAUUACAUGAAAGAACACACACAGGGGAGAAACCAUUUAAAUGCAGUGAGUGUGGAAAGAGCUUCAGUGUAAGCAUUAGCCUGAAAUUACAUCACCAAACACACACAGGGGAGAAACCAUUUAAAUGCAAGGAGUGUGGACAGGGCUUUAAUAAGAGCAGUCACCUUACUUCACAUCAAAGAACCCACACAGGGGAGAAGCCAUUUAAAUGUAACGAGUGUGGAAAGAGCUUCAUUCAGAGCGGUCACCUUACUUCACAUCAAAGAACCCACACAGGGGAGAAACCGAUUAAAUGCAGGGAGUGUGGAAAAAGCUUCAGUGUAAGCAGUAACCUUGUUUUACAUCACAGAACCCACACGGGAGAAACCAUUUAAAUGUAGUGAGUGGAAAGAGGUUCAGUCAGAGCACACUUACUUCACAUGAAAAAACACUGUGGAGUAACUUUUUUAAUGCAUGGAGUAUGGAAAGAGAUUCAAUGAAAGCAGUAGGCUUACAUCACAGGGGAUACACAGGAGAAACAAUUUAAAUGCAGGGAGUAUGGAAAGAACUUCAAUGGGAGCCUCUCUUCCUCUUGCAGGCUACAUAGAUUAAAGCCCUAUACAGGUUGGGGCCAGGAUGCUUAAAAAAUUAUCUCACCUAUUAUAUAUGCAGCCCAUCACUGAAAUCUGCAGAGGAUGGCCUCUUACGCAUACCAUCUCAUUAGGAAGUCCACUCUGUAUGAUAGAGAAACCUGGCCUUUUGUGUGGUGGCAUCUACUUUUUCGAACUUCCUCCUGUUACAUAUCAGACAGGUGUUUUUUUUGUGUGGUGCCUAUAGAAGACCUUCCUUUUUCAACAAACCUUUUAAGUGCAGAGCUUUAUUACUGUUUCUGUGGGAUUUUAAAAGGUAAAGGUGUCCCCGCACUUGUAGUCCGAGUCGUUUCUGACUCUUAGGGUGACGUCUUGCGACAUUUACUAGGCAGACCGUAUAUAUGAGGUGGGACUGCCAGUUCCUUCCCCGGUCUUUCUUUACCCCCCAGCAUAUGCCGGGCACUCAUUUUACUGACCACGGAUGGAUGGGAGGCUGAGUGGACCUCGACCCCUUUUACCGGAGAUUCGACUUCCUCCUUCCCUUGGAAUCGAACUGCAGACGUGAGCAGAGCUUCGGCUGCGUUACUGCCGCUUACCACUCUGCGUCACGGAGGGUCUGUGUGGGAUUUUAAAAUGUUUUUAAUUGGUUUGCAUAUGAAAUGUUUUUUUUAUUGUUGGUAUUUUUGAGAUACUUUCUGGGAA